AUGGACCCCAAGAUGUAUCUCGCCGAGAACGUGCUCAAUGAGCGGCGCACGGUCACUUACCGUAAGGCCUGUGUUUCUUGGAGAAAGAAAACUUCGACUCAUGCCUGUUAUUUAGGAUUCUCUUUGAAUUUCAUCGCAGCGAAAAUGCCAAGAGGCCUCAAAGCGUCCACGCAACAUACGUCAUUUCCGGAUUCCAAAAGCCGCCAGAGUCCCCCCGCGACAAAUGGCCAUGCGAAGGACGAAGAUGAGGUUAUGCAAAGCAGUCCUUACCUUCCAAGCUCAAUGCCGAAUCCCGAUUCUUCCCCCGACUCGUCGCGUGUUUCAUCGAUCAUAAUUGCCCGGGAGGAGGAUUUGGAAGAUGCGAAAUCAACUUUUCAAUCCAUAUCGACAAUUCAAAUCUACAGUCUCCAGCCUGAUGUUCUUCAAGACCUCAAUACUUUGACAGAUGUUUGCCGGGAAGUUGCGACAGCUCACGCGCAGGAUGAUCCCUUGGAGUGUGGCGCGCAAUGGGGAAUGAUCCAAAACCGCAAAGUCAAGCCCAAGUCCGAAGCGUCGGUACCAGCUAAGCGGCCCCUGCAGAAAGAAGAGGCUCCAGCAAAGCCUACUCCGAAGACAGAGGAGCAGCGCCAGCCAACGUCCGGCAGCGAGUCUCAGUCUUCAGCUAAACCUGCCACGAAGGCACCGGCUCCCAAGCGAGAGAAGAGUAACCUUUUCAAUUCGUUCGCGAAGGCCAAGCCUAAGCAAAAAACGGCAACUCCGACUGAAUCGGUUCGUGUCACCCACGCUGUGUAUCUUGAUGGUCAGUCUACUAGGUCCGAAACAUCGUACAAUAGCUUACAUAUCGCAGUUGUCCUGGACGAUGCUUCGGAAGAUGAGCAGGAGGAACUAUUCCCAGAUUUCAAAGACAAAUCCGGAGACAAAGCAGCAUCUGCCAAUCGCGAGAGCAAGAAAGAACGGGAAGAGAAGCUCAAACAAAUGAUGGAGGAUGAGGAUGCAGACGGUAUGAUCCCCAGUUCCCGGAGACUAAGCGAGUGGAUUCCUUAUGCAAGCACAGACGAGGAAAUGCCCGAUGCCGACGAUGAGCCUCAGCGCGAGCCUACGCCAGUCGAGCCAUCGCCGCCUUCAAAGCCCAUUGAGCUCAAGGAGGAAGCUACAUCGCAAGGCGGACGCCGCAGAGGCAAACGUCAAGUCAUGAAAAAGCGGACGGUCAAGGAUGAAGAGGGGUACCUUGUGACCCGCGAGGAGCCGACAUGGGAGUCUUUCUCCGAAGAUGAGCCGGCGCCGGUUAAGAAGAAAACGGCCGGCAACGUGCCCAAGGGCAAGGGAGCCAAGCCAGGACAAGGAAACAUCAUGUCGUUCUUCGGCAAAAACGCGGUUUCUGGGCGUGACAGCUCUGCGCUCGCGAAGCGUGCCUGCCCUGACUACACCUCGUACGCCGCGAAGCCGCACGGCCCCUACAGCGAGGGACCUUUGAAGCUCCCCUUCCAGCGCCCCGCCGAAGCAUGCCGUACAUUCAGCUCCUCGGCCGUGGAGAAGGUCAUUGACGAUAUGACAUCGCGUCUGGUCGACAAGGACCUCGCACAGCUCUUCCGCAACGCCUUCCCCAAUACCCUGGACACUACAAUCAAGUGGCAUGUGAAUGGCUCCAGUCCGACAUCUUCUAAGCGAAAUGUCAGGCGCGAUGGAUCCGAUUGGAGCGGCGCGCAGACCUUCAUCGUGACGGGAGAUAUCAAUGCAGAGUGGCUGCGUGACUCGACCAACCAACUCACCAACUACCAUAAAUUGACGGGCCAGGACAAGAACUUGUAUACGCUCAUUCUCGGAGCAAUCAAUACCCAGGCCGAGUUUGUCAUUCAAUCGCCCUACUGCAACGCUUUCCAGCCACCUUCCAUUAGCGGCGUGAAACCCGAGAACAACACCCAGCAGGACAUUGUUCGCCCCCCAUAUUCUAGGUCCUUUGUCUAUGAGUGCAAAUACGAACUCGACUCGCUAGCACACUUCCUGAUGUUGGGUACUGAGUUCCACGAGAACACUGGGUCAACCGAGUUUCUGACAGACCGCUGGUUCAUGGCGUUGAAUACUGUUCUCCGAGUCAUUGACGCGGAGUCUCUGCCCACGUUCAAUUCUGAGAACCAGUUUGUCACCAACCAGUAUACCUUCCAGCGCAAAACGAAUAUCGGCACUGAGACUCUCAACCUGCAGGGUGUUGGCAACCCGCUCAACAGCGAAACUGGCCUCAUUCGCAGUGCUUUUCGCCCUAGCGACGAUGCGACCAUUUUGGGAUUCUUCAUCCCACCCAACGCUAUGAUGGCUGUCCAGCUCCAGAAAAUUGCCAAGGUUGUCAAGAAGGCUGGUGGCCAUGACGAUCUUGCCGUUAAGCUGGAGCAGCGCGGCAAGAAGCUUGCUGCGGCUGUCCGUGAGCACGGUAUCGUUAACCACGCCAAGUACGGCGAUGUCUACGCCUUCGAGGUGGACGGUUACGGGUCGCGUAUCCUAAUGGAUGAUGCCAACAUUCCCUCUCUUCUGUCUCUUCCUUACUUGGGAUUCCUCGACAAGAGUGACGAGGUGUAUCAGAAUACCCGCAAGAUGAUCACAGACAAGGCCGGUAACCCCUACUACCUGGAGGGACCUGAAUUCCACGGUAUCGGUGGUCCUCACAUCGGUCUUGAGAACGCCUGGCCAAUGUCUCUACUCAUGCAGGCCCAGACUUCCGACAAUGAUACCGAGAUCAUGAAGUCCAUCAACUUGGUUCGUGAUUCGAGUCUACUCGGCCUGGUGCAUGAGUCCAUCGACGUCACCAACAUCACGGCCUAUACCCGCCCUUGGUUUUCCUGGGCGAACUCGGUCUUCUCGCAGACCCUUUUGAAGGUUGCGGCUGAGAGACCGCAUCUGAUCUUCGGAGAGGGAGCCGAGCCAUAUAAUAUUUAG